AUGCGCGGACCGUCACCCGAACUGCUCCGUGGCGGCGUGGAGCGGAGGAAACGGGUCCGCGGAGGACGCACGGAACAGCCGCGCACUGGAAAUACACAUGUCCGGACCGACCCCCGGGCGAACCACACGGUGACGGAGGAGGUGAUGGAGGAGGUGAUGGAGGAGGUGAUGGAGGAGGUGACGGAGGAGGUGAUGGAGGAGGUGAGGAUGGACUCGAUGAUGGCCGUGUAG